AUGCUUCUGCUUCUUUCAGCUGUUUCCACUACUUAUGGUGCAGAUUCGUGGACUGCUAAGUUUAUUGGUUCUGGAUGCUUUAAAGUCAGCUCGGUAAAGAAACUUAUCAUUGAGGCAACUUGUGUUAUACCGGAGGCGUCUUACGAGUGGUGUAAUUGGGUCCCAAGGAAAGUGGGAAUAGUGGCUUGGCGUGCGUUUCUAGAUCGCCUUCCGACUGCUGAUGCAUUAUCUCGGAGGAAUAUUCAUGUCGAAACACCUUACUGCCGCAUUUGUGAUACAAACAUGGAGUCGGUUGAUCAUUUGUUCACGGGUUGCCCGGUUUCUAUGGAGGUUUGGCAGGUGGUUUUUGCGUGGUGUCGGGUUCCAAAUCUUUUUGCUUUCCAUGUGCUGGAUCUUUUAAAUUAUUACAAGAUAGAAAUAACUAAUGUUCGAGCAAAGAAGGCGUUUUAUGGGGUUGUGUUAACAACCUUUUGGAGCUUAUGGAAAGCGAGAAACGAUCUCAUUCAUAAUCAAAAGGCGGUUGUGGUUCGGAAUGUUUUUGAGGAGAUCAAGAUUAUGAGUUACCUGUGGAUUACAAAUCGGGGAAAGAUGUCGGACAUGACGUGGGACUCUUGGGGUAGAUUUGACAUAAGAUGGGAUAGUGUUCGGGUUGGUUUUGUCGUUUUGUCGGGUUACUGGUUUGUCGGGUUGUUUUUUACUUCGAUUGUUGUACUCGGACUUUGCGUGCUAGCAUCUUGUUAG